AUGACUGCGAACACCAUUGUCAUCGACCACGGGUCUGGCUAUCUGAAGUCUGGCUUCUCCGGCUGGAACGAGCCGCAGAUGAUCUUCCCGAGCAUCGUGAACUACAGGCCGUGCAGGGAGAACCCCGGCCCCAGCUCCGCCCAGCGGCAGCUGGGUCUCGGCAUUGACGUUUUCCAUCCUGACACCUUCAGCUACCCCAUUCAGCGUGGCCGCGUCCUCAACUGGGAGGGUGUGGAGCACAUGUGGUCCUUUGUCCUGGAGAAACACAAAUGGGAACAUGAGGUCUCCCCUGUAUUGUUCACUGAGUGCCCCCUGAAGGAGCCUGCGGACCGAAAGAAGACACUGGAGAUUAUGUUUGAGUCACUGUACGUCCCGUCCCUCCUCCUGGCUGACCAGCUGGAGAUGUCCCUGUACUCGUCUGGCCUCCUGACCGGCGUGGUGGUAGACUCUGGCUAUGGCCUGACCCGAGUGCAACCUUUCCACCUGGGCCGUCCCUUGCAGGCCGGCUGUACGACGUUGGAGUUCGCCGGCCAGGAUCUCUCCGCCUAUCUCUGUAAAAGCCUCUUUAAGGAUGACGUCAAUGCACACAAGGUAUUUCGGCUGCACAUGGUGGGCACCGUUCAGAUGAACCAGUGCUAUGUGCCGCAGAAUCUGGGGGAGGCGCUGGACUUCCUUCAGGGCCUGCCGGGUGGCUCCGAUGAGAAUAACACCUACCAGCUCCCGGAUGGCACCUCUGCGGAGCUGACCCCCAUGCAGCGGCUGGCCCCCGAGAUGUUCUUCAGCCCUGAGGUGUUCAACCUGCAAGGGCCCAGCGUCUCCCAGGCUCUCAUGGAUUCCAUCAAAACCUGUGAGGCCUCCUUACAGCCCCUGCUCAUCUCCCAUGUGAUAGCCUGUGGAGGGAACACCCUGUACCCUGGCUUCACCGACCGCCUGUACAAGGAGUUGGCCACAAAUCAUUCUGCUGGCACCAACGCCACGGUGUGGGUAGGUUCUAAAAGAAACUUUAGCGUCUGGCUGGGAGCGUCUGUUGUGGCUCAUCUGUCUACGUACAAGUCUGAGUGGAUGACCAAGGAGGAGUAUAACGAGAGAUAG